AUGUACGUUUACGAAGUUUGGAACUUCAAGCAACGUUCAAAGGAACUUUUUUCCCCCUACAUAAAGACUUUUAUAAAACUCAAACAACAAGCUUCUGGUUGGCCUUCCGAAUGUGACACAGAGGAAAAAAGAAGAACCUAUCUCGAUGACUACAAAGCGCAUGAAGGAAUAGAACUAGACCCCGCCAAAGUCGAAAAGAACCCUGGUCUACGUUCCUUCGCUAAACUAAUGCUGAAUUCUUUCUGGGGAAAAUUCGGAAAACGCCCUAACCAAACCCAAGUGACCACGUGUGUCAAACCGUCCGAAUUCUUCAACAUCAUCACAGACGACCGACAAGUCGUACACAGAAUUGAAAUAGCGAAUGAAGAAAUGGUAGAAGUGUACCACACCUUUGAAUAUGAAUGCAAACCCGUUCAAACCAACGUAAACAUCUUUAUUGCAUGUUUCACAACCAGUUAUGCAAGACUAAAACUGUAUGAUGCUAUUGACACGCUGAAAGAAAGAGUAUUGUAUUUCGAUACGGAUUCCGUGAUUUAUACCAAGAAACCCGCUGAAUCGUCCAUUCCCACCGGAAAUUAUCUCGGCGAAUUCACGAAUGAACUAAACGAUGGAGAUCACAUUACAGAAUUCGUUGCUGCUGGGCCUAAGAAUUAUGCAUACGAAACCUUCAAAGAAAACCAGUGUUGCAAAGUGAGAGGAUUUACAUUGAAUGCACGUGGACAAAAAAUCCUCAAUUUCAACAGUAUG